GCGGUGCGUUCACGGUUUUUUUUAGAGUGUUUGAAAGUUGUCAACAGAGGGAAGAAGCAGCAGCAGCAGCAGCAGCAGAAGAAGCAGAGCGGCUUCAGACCGACAGCAGAGCUCGGAGGAGGAGGAGGAAUGGGCUGCAGCCAAAGCAAGAAGAAAAGCAAAGGCAAGAAGGGAGAGAAGAACCAGAACGACAACAGCCGCCGAGAUGAAGGAGGUAAACGGGCGUCAGGCGAGCAGGACGUCUGUCUGGAGAAGCAGCUGGAGCGGUUUGAGUGGCAGCUGAGGACUUUAAAGGAAGUGCUCUCUGCCAACGGGAACCCCGAGAGGGCGGAGCUACUGAAAGACCACGCCGAUGAAGACGUGUGCGCCCUGGUCCUGGGCAUCCUCGAUAAGGUGAAAACAGAGACGACUGCUGACUUGAACGUGCUGCACGAGCAGAAAAGUAAAGCUGCUACUGAAGAACAUGAGAGAAACCUGGAAGAGCUGCAGAAGAGACACGAGCAGGAGAAAACACAGCUGGCAGAAAAGUUUGAGGCUGCUGAGAACGUCCUGAAGGGCAACGUGGAGGAGCUGACAGCAGAGCUGCAGGUUUUCAACGAGCUGAAGAGGAGGGUCGAAGAAUCGACGUUUAAGAAGGACCUGCAGAGAAAUAUUCAGGCCCAUGGCAGCCCAGGUGCAUUCUGGGAGUCUGAACAGGAGUCUCUGCUGUUUGUAAUUGAGAUGAAGAGUGAGCGUGUGCGGGAGCAGAGCAGGAAGCUGCAGCAGAUGGACGCUCUGGUGGAAAAGAAUUUGGCUUUGGAGGAUCAGAUCAUCCACACCCUGCAGCAGAACGAGGAUCUGAGAGUCCGGAUGGACAACUGUCAGGCUCUGAUUCAGCAGUUAUCAAAGGAGCAGCAGGACCUGAAGGUGGCGCUGGAGAGGCAGGCAGCAGUCAGCCAGAAGCUUUCUCAGGAAAAAGAGCAGCUGAUGUUCAAACUGAGACACAGAGACUCGUGUCCGACCAUCCUGCUGCCCACCAUGGUGCAGGAGCUCGCACCCAGAUGAUCACACCAGCCUGAACGUGGACCCGGUGUCGCUCGACGUAGAUAGAAACCAGACUCUGUGUUUGACUGCGCGGCUGCCCGUAAUCGUUCACAAGGUAACAUGCAGUCGACCUGGUUUACCGCUCAGUAACAGGGCGAGAGCUGCUCGUCCUGACGGAGAGCAACGAGCAGCAUAGCCACAAGUUUCCAAGCUGGAUCCGGUCUACAUCAAUGCAGAACUAUCCCUUUUGAACUGCCACUCCACUGCUAAAUGUUUGCAGAACUUCACCCUUAUUCUGGACCCGCUGCAGUCCCUGAAGUAUCACUGCUCUGCUGACUUAAAGCUGCGUCCUGUGUGUCCAUACUGCGUCGAGCCUCUGACUGUCCCGCGUUAAAAUGAGGCCUCGAUGAUCUGUUGUGUUUACGUUUAAGUUUGUUCUUUUCAGAUGAGGAGGAUCCGUUUGCUGACAGAUCGCUGUACGUCACAACGGUUCAUUGUUUUGGAAAAGCUGCAACUGAGAGGCCGCUCUUCAGUUCAAACUGCACGGUGCAACACAAAUAAUACAACGGAUUUCACCCUUUCUUAUAGCUUCCUCCAUCUGACCUGGCGCUCUGUCAUCUGAACUCUACAGUGUUUUAUUUACUUCACAUUUACGCAGACUUACUUUGCCUCCUUGAACAGAUUUUUGUAACUUGCUGGUGUGACGGAGCCUUAGCACCUUACUGCUCUACCUGUUCGCUGAAGUGCCUGAUCAUGUUGACAUAAAGCUGUACCUUCUGAUUUUCUGGCUCCCAAGCUAGCAUACAUGUGACAUGAGUUACCUCAAAAAAACCCUGAGGGUUCAGUCUGGAUUCUUCUCUCUCACGACCUGCUGUCUGAUGAGGUUUAAACACAGAAAGGGGGAGCCACAGGAUAUGAAGGAUGAGACGGCUCACAUUUGUGUGACUGGUUUGGCUGAAGUGCAGUCAGACCUGAACCCUCAGCUCCAGUCCUGACCUGAGACAGACUCACCCAGGAGUUUCCAUCUGUGAAGAAGACGUUUGACCUCAAAGCAGCGGCAGAAACUCUUUCAGAGAGCGCAGGUGGCCAGAAAAUGGAUGUAAACCUAUCAACACUAAAACUAAACUAAGCCGGACCCCAACGCUCCCACAGCAGGUUUAAACUUCAUCUACUGUGAUAUUUUUAUCUAGUCCUGUUAAAACCUGAUGCUUUUACUCGUUUCCUGUUAGCGUGCCUUGCUUUAGGUUUCCUAAACUCACGCACAAACGCCUGAUGUGAUUGGUUGCUUUUUUAAUGCAGACCUCUGUACGUCGCUACUGUCUGGGAGGUGGGGGGGGGAGACGUCACGCAUGAGAAAGGAAACCCACGUUGAGCCCUGGUUAUUUUGUUGUUGUUUUUUUGUGUUUUAUGAGCCUCAGAAUCAAAGUGUUCCUAACAGACAACAGACUGUUUUAGUUUUAUUCAGUAAAAAAUGACGUUUGCUAAAUUAAUCUUAGUGUUUGAGCACGCUAACAUCUCCGCUCAAGGGAUGCCGACAUCAGCUGGUCCAGAGCGAAACCUCAUGAUAACUCGUGGAUCUGGGUUUUCUUUAAAUGUGUUCCUAAACAGUUUCUUGCUCCACAGGAGAUGAAUCCUCAGGGUUUUGUCGCUACAAGCAGGUUUUUAUCGCCCAAAUCUUUUGUGCGUACCUCUGGAACAAAUGAGUCCCUGCGAGCUUAAUGCUCAACUUGCUUUGACAUCAUACACGGUGGAAACAUGUUAGAUGCUAACUGUUAGAACAUAAACAUGGAACAAAAAAAAUACCUGUAGGUGGCACUGGGCAUUGGUGGUGCAGUUAACUCUUGGGGGCUAGUUAGCAGGUUACUGUGGCUAACUAGUUAUGUGCUAGUUAGCCGGUAACAUGCUGGCACUGUUGAGCCGACGUAGUGCACAAAGAUAGACAGACAAGCUAAACAGACAUGGACAAACCGUCGUUGCACCAUAAAGUCUUGCCGAUUACUGGUCAUACUCCACCAAAGCUAAUGCUCCGCCUUCUGUUCCCUCGAAGGUCAGCACUGCUCGGUUAGUUGCUCUUCAAGUUUUCUUGAUCACCUGAUUUUUCAUUUCUUUACAAGCUGAUACUUUAGCACAUACCUGUGGAUCACACGACAGAGUCCCUGUGAGAAGUCCUGUACUUUGAGAUUAAUGCUAAAGUCAGAAAUCUAACUUGCCGUGUUAUCAUACACACUGGAAACGCGUUCAAUGCUAACUGUUAGUAUAUUAACGUGGCAAAAAAAGAUACAGGAAUUUACCCUCGGAAAAUACCUGUAGGUGUGACUGGGGUUUGGUUAACUCUGGUGGGCUAGCUAGAGCUAACUAGUUAUGUGCUGGUUAGCCGGUUAGCACUAUCGAGCCAAAAUAGCUCACAAAGUUAGCUCGGUCGCUACAAGUUAGCUAAAUAAAACUUGACCAGACAAAUAUACAUGGACAAACUGAAUUUGUUACAUGAACUUGUGUGAUAACUCCACCAGAGCAGAGUUGUAUAGAACGAUAUGACGCGACUCAGCUAAUGUGCUAGCUUCCGCCAUUUUGGACCGAUUAGCUCUCUGUUCCGUUGAAGGUCAGCACUGCUCAAACAGUCAGAUACUAACUACAGUGCAACAGGUGUGUUUAAUAUCAUAGGUGUUUCCUUUGUCUAAAGUCUAAAGCAUAUUUUAACUUUUACAACGAUCACUGUAAACAACUUGCCUUUAAAAAGCUUGAUAAGUGUCCGUUUGCUAAAUGUCGUGUUACUUAUAAAGAUGUGAAAAGUAUUUUGCCAUGUUGUCAUUUCAGUAAUUGUUUUUUCUGUUUUGUUAACACGCUGAUGGAUUUUUUGGGAUGUGACCUUUUUUCUUUUUAUUGUAUUGCCAAAAAAACAACGUUUGUCAGUGUUUUGACAACUCUUUCUCCUUAUGCACGAGCACUUUGACCAGUAUUUUACCAGGAGUUUGUAUAAGAGAGAGUUUUCCAUGUUGUAUAGUGUUUUGAAUUUUCUCGGCUUUUUACGUGUAGAAACUUAUUUCUUCUUUUUUUUUCUUGGAUGGAUUUAAGUCCAACAGUUAGUUUUUUCCUUUUGGCUUGACUAAAUAAAAAAGCUGCAACUAAAAUUUA